AUGGCGCCUUCCGUUCUAUCCGCCGUGCUUUCGGGCUCUGCCCUAUUGGCUGCAGUCAAUGCUCAGAACUUUGCUGGUGGUGGCCGUGGUGAAGAGGCUUUCAAGUAUGUUCAGCCGCUUAACACCACCAUCCUGACCGAGUAUGGCUCCUCGCCCGCGGUGUACCCUUCACCAAAGACGACUGGUGCCGGUUGGGAGAUGGGCGUUGAGAAGGCGAAAGCUUUCAUUGCUAAACUUACUCUCGAGGAGAAGGCUGAUAUGGUCACCGGCCAAGCCGGACCUUGUGUUGGCAACAUUGUUGCUGUUCCUCGUCUGGGCUUCCCUGGUCUUUGUCUCCAGGAUGGUCCUCUUGCCUUCCGUGUGGCUGACUACGCAAGCGUCUUCUCCGCCGGUGUGUCUGCCGGAGCCACAUGGGACAAGGACAUCAUGUAUGAACGCGGUUAUGCUAUGGGCCAAGAGUUCAGGGCAAAGGGAGCUCACGUUAUGCUGGGCCCCGUUGCAGGACCUCUUGGACGUUCCGCCUACGCCGGCCGCAACUGGGAGGGCUUCUCCUCAGACCCUUACCUCAGCGGUGUAGCCAUGGAGCAGACCAUCUUGGCUGCUCAGGACGCAGGUGUGCAAUCUUGCGCUAAGCAUUGGGUUGGCAAUGAGCAAGAGAUUAUGCGCAACCCUACCUACAUGACCAACGACACAACCGCGCAGAAGCAGGCUGCUAUUUCAUCCAAUAUCGAUGACCGCACUAUGCACGAGCUCUACAUGUGGCCAUUCGCCAACGCUGUCAAGGCUCGCGCUGCCAGCUUCAUGUGCUCGUACCAGCGAAUCAACGGAUCCUACGGAUGCCAGAACUCUGCUUCGCAGAACGGUCUGCUCAAGACUGAGCUUGGUUUCCAAGGAUACGUCAUGUCCGACUGGGGUGCGACUCACUCGGGUGUUGCCUCGAUCGAGGCCGGUCUUGACAUGGACAUGCCUGGAGGUCUCGGUGCUUACGGCAUGAACUUUGGCGUCCCAUCAUACUUUGGCGGCAACAUUACUAUGGCUGUCAACAACGGUACUCUGAACGAGUCUCGCCUCGACGACAUGGUUCUCCGUAUCUUGACCCCUUACUUCCAGCUCGGCCAAGACAAGGACUUCCCAUCCGUUGACCCUUCGACUGCUGAUCUCAACACUUUCUCUCCUCGCAGCACCUGGACCCGCGAGUUCAACCUAACUGGCGAGGUCAGCCGUGAUGUCCGCGGCAGCCACGCCGAGUUGAUCCGUCGCCACGGUGCUGCCGGCACUGUUCUGCUGAAGAACGAGGGUCGCACCCUGCCUCUCAAGGCUCCCCGCAAUGUUGCAGUCUUUGGAAACGAUGCUGGAGACCCAGUCCGCAGCUCUGUCAUCAACCAGCAGAACUACGAAUUCGGCAGUCUGUUCUCUGGUGGUGGCUCUGGUACCGGUCAGUUCACCUUUAUGGUUUCGCCACUUUCUGCCAUCCAGCAGCGUGUUAAGAACGACGGUGGUAUCGUUCAGUACUUCUUGAACAACACCUACAUCGCCAACAACAACGUCAGCACCCUGCUUAUCCCACGCGGUAUCCCCGAUGUCUGCAUUGUCAUGCUCAAGACCUGGGCCGAGGAGGGCAAUGACCGCUCUCACCUCGCAUCUGACUGGGAUGGUGAUGACGUUGUCGAGUCCGUUGCAUCCUACUGCAACAACACCGUUGUCGUUACCCACUCAGCUGGUAUCAACACCCUGCCAUGGUCCGACCACCCCAACGUCACCGCCAUCGUGGCCGCCCACUUCCCUGGUGAAGAAUCCGGCAACUCUCUCGUCGACAUCCUCUACGGCGACGUCAACCCCUCUGGCCAUCUCCCCUACACCAUCGCGAUGCAGGGCAACGAGUACAACGCUCCUCCCACCACCGAGAUCCAAACCGACGGCUUCUACGACUGGCAAAGCUGGUUCGACGAGAAGCUUGAAGUCGACUACCGCCACUUUGACAUGCACAACAUGUCUGUGCGCUACGAAUUCGGUUUCGGUCUCUCCUACACCACCUUCUCCAUCGCAGACAUCAAGUCGUCUCCUCUCGAGCAAAACAUCGCUUCCCACCCAGAGAACCUGCCCAUCCAGCCCGGCGGCAACCCCGCUCUCUGGGCAUCUCUCUACAACGUCACCGUUUCUGUUUCCAACACGGGCGAUGUCGCCGGCGCCGCUGUGCCCCAGCUCUACGUCGGUCUUCCCUCCUCCGCCCCUGCCGGCACCCCCGUGCGCCAGCUCCGCGGCUUCGAGAAGGUGUACCUCGAGAAGGGCGAGACGCAGAGCGUCACCUUUGAGCUCAUGCGCAGGGACCUGAGCUACUGGGACAUCGUCAGCCAGCAGUGGGUCAUCCCCGAGGGUGAAUUCACCAUCUGGGUUGGCCACAGCAGCCGUGACUUGAAGGUCAAGGAUACCUUUACUGUUGUUUCACAGUAA